AUGCGCGUCUUCGGGAAGCUCUUCGUUCUAUUUUUAAAUGCUAGCGGCCAAAAGAAGAAAAAAGAAUCCAAAGAGACAUUCGGUCCAGUAUCAGCAGGUUUUACUGUUGACGAGAGUGUGGCAAGUGUUUGGAAAUUCCCGCAGAACUUCGACUACGAUUCAGACCGGCGCGUGAUCGUAGCUUCAACAAGAGGUCAACAUCAGUGUUCGAAAGUUCCUAUUCCGGAGCUGGAGUGUAAAGGAUGUGAAGCGGGCUUUCCUAAAUAUGAUAGGCCUUGCGACAAACCGAAUUCUGACGAAAAGGCAAAAUACAAAUGCAAGGUUCUCUGUGGGCCUGGUUUUGAAGUAAAGAGCGGCCUCCCGCGCAAAAUGAAAUGUCUUGGCACUCCUCGAAGAUGGAAAGUCGACCCAAGGAAAUUCAACGGCAAAAUCAAAUGUGUUCCCAAAUCUUCCUAA